AUGUUUCCGUCCUGGCGAGGAGUCUUGCUCAGCAGUCUGUGCGUCCGGAAGUUGUCGGCCUUCGCAGCCGCGCCGCUGCUGCCGCGUCGCGGUAGAUUCGGUGGCACCCGUAGCCAGAGUACAAGCAGAGCCGCGAUGUCAUCCGGUGAGGGAUGCCCUAAGCCAAUCGUGUGGACCAUUGCGGGAUCGGAUUCGGGAGGUGGCGCAGGCAUCCAGGCGGACCUGCACGCGAUGCACAGCCUUGGCGUGCAUGGCUGCAGCGUCAUUACGGCGAUGACAGCACAGAACAGCCACGCCGUGACCCACGUGGAGUACGCCUCGGUGGAGAUGAUCCAGGCCACGAUCGACGCGCUGCAGUCGGACCUCCCGCCUGCCGCGGUGAAGCUGGGGAUGAUGGGGACGGACGCCGUGGUGUCGGUGGUCGGGGCGUUUCUCGAAGGAUACAAGGGAAACGUGGUGUGUGACCCCGUCAUGGUCUCGACGAGUGGAUCUCGACUUCUGCCGGAAGGCGCCGAGGCGCUGAUGAAGGAGCGCGUGUUCCCUCGAGCGACGAUGAUCACGCCCAACCUCAUCGAGGCCGAGGUGCUCCUAGGGCGGAGCCUGCGGACGCCCGCCGACGUGGAAGCCGGCGCCGCCUCCCUGCUGGCCUCUUCCGCCGCGGGGGGCGUGCUGAUCAAGGGAGGGCACUCGGAGGACGAGCGGGAGCCGGGAGGCGCGGACAGACCAUCGGCUCGGCAGCGGUACUCUCAGGACUACUGGACGGACGGCACCCCCGGGGGAAGCUUCUGGCUCACGACCCCCCGGGUCGACAGCGACGACACCCACGGGACCGGGUGCACGCUGUCCUCUGCGGCGGCGGCGUGCCUCGCCAAGGGUUUGGACCCCGCGGACUCCGUGGUCCUCGCCAAGGCCUACGUCACGCAGGGCAUCCGCGUGGCGCGGCGCUUCGGGAAGGGCCCGGGCCCGGUGGCGCACACGGGGUGGCCCUCGCGGGCGGACUGCUUCCCGUGGGUCACAGCGACCGCCGAGGGGGGCGCGGGGGGUCGGCCCGAGGCGUUUCCGAAGUGUCACGAUGACUGGGGGCUGUAUCCGGUGGUGGAGACGGCGGAGUGGGUCGAAAAGCUGCUAUCCCUCGGGGUGCGGGACAUCCAGCUGCGAGUGAAGGGAGCCUCCCCCGAGGCCCUCGACGCCGAGGUAGCCAGAGCAGCCCAGGCGUGCCGGGACUCCGCCGCGGGGGCCGGCGGGGGCGGGGGGAGGCUGUGGGUCAACGACUUCUGGCGGGCGGCCGUCAGGCACGGCGCGUACGGGGUCCACCUCGGGCAGGAGGACCUCGAAGCCGGCGGCGGGGAGGCCCUGUCGGCGAUCUCGAAGGCCGGGCUGCGGCUCGGGCUCAGCACCCACUCAUACCUGGAGCUGGCGAGGGCGACCGCCGUCCGGCCGAGCUACAUCUCCCUGGGCCCCGUGUUCGAGACGACCUCGAAGAAGGUGGCGUUCUCUCCCAGGGGCGCGGUGCUGGUCGGCGCGUGGAGGGCGCUCGUGGACGUCCCGCUGAUCGCCAUCGGGGGCAUCAGUCUCGAGAGAGCGCCGGAGGUGCUUGAGGCCGGUGCCGAUAGCAUUGCCGUUAUUUCGGCCAUCACCAAAGCGGACGACGUCGAGGAGGCGGUGCGACAAUGGGACACUGCCUUCGAAGCCAGAAGAAGACCUUUAUCACCCUCACCCUCGUCAUAG